ACCCUUCAUCCCUGCUGAGUAUAAGCCUCUGCCAACGACCCCCUCGUUCUCGAUUCCUAGCGUACCUACGCGUUCUCGCAAGUGAAUCUCAUAUCUUGACCUCCCAUAUCAGCGGUAUAGGCCUCACCUGUCCAAUGUCUAUAAACAUCAUACUAUUUGGGGAGACGGGUGUCGGGAAAAGUUCUGUCGUAAACCUUAUUGCGGGUCGAACCGUAGCAGAGGUUUCGCCAGAUGUCGAAGGGUGCACACUGCAGUCGAAGGAAUACAAGUUUGACGUCGGCUCGACUCGUGUCAGUAUUUGGGAUACCGUCGGCCUGGAAGAACCAGAAAUGGGGGUGAAUGGUUACAUCCCUGCGAUCGAGAAGGCCUGGCUUCUCAUCAAGCGAUUGAGAGAAGCCGGAGGAGUCGACCUCCUCCUCUUCUGCAUCCGCGGAAACCGGGUUACUAUGACCACCCAAAGCAACUAUAGGCUCUUCUAUGAAGUCCUCUGUGGACAACAAGUGCCAAUUGCGCUCGUGAUUACACACCUGGAACGCGAGGUCGACAUGGAGGACUGGUGGACUCGAAACUACAAGAGUAUCGAGAAGUAUGGUAUCAAGUGCGCUGGACAUGCUUGCGUGACCGGGAUACCAGAUAACAGAGGACCAGAGGGCAAGUAUUGGAAAUCGCAGAGGGCAAUCCUCAGCUUGCUGCAGCAACACGAUGGGUCAGGAAGGUAUACCAUGCCGGAAGGUGACUGGCUUGCAAGGAUCAUCAAGGGGCUAAAGCUCUUCACGGGCGAUAAAGUUGGCAUACCGAAGGGGAAAAAUUUGCAGAAAGCUCUGGUCAAGCGAUGUGGAUUGGACGCAGAAGCCGCACAAAAAAUUCUGGAAACAAUGACGGAUAAUGACAAUUGACUGGCUUGGACAUGGCAGAGGGAAGGGAUUCGGCGUGACGUCCAAGCCUGUCAGAUAUGUAUACUCUGGACUGCUAGCCAUUCAAGUGGCUUUCCACUCCACAGACAUGUAGAUAUACGUGCUACGGAAGUACCGUGA